AUGGAGUCAUCAUAUGUAGAGGCUGUGAUGAUAGCUGUAGCCAAAGAUGCUCGCUUUGCUAUCCUGGGGAUAACAGUUUUUCUAUUUAUAUCCUGGAGACUUUUCACAUUCACUAUCGUUCCCCUACUUCAUCCGAAUGAUCCCAAAGAAUACCCUUACUGGAUCCCGGUUGUUGGCCAUCUACGAUCCUUCUUUAAGAAUUCGAGCCAACUAUUAUCAGAAGCAAGGUUGUAUUUUCAUAACAGUAGGGAACCCUUCGCCCUAACAGCUGGGGGGCAGAAGUGGUACGUUCUUACCAAGGCUGAAGAUGUCGCCGCGACAUACAAAAUUGAUAAUGGCUCUCUAUCAUAUGACAUUUUCGCCGUUGAAGUUAUGCGUAUGGUAGGGAUCUCAGAAGAAGGGAUCCGCAAGGCUUUUCAGACGCAGGGUGCUGAAAAGGAUAACCACAUAUCUAAGCCGCACAAGCACUUGGUCAGACUCUGUAGGGAGUACCAACUGGAGCAGCUUUCACCCGGAAGUCGCCUAGACCGGCUAGUGGGAAUGGCUAUUGAUACAAUGAAGCUUCAUAUGGAUGUUGAGAUGAUUGCACAGCAGAAAUGGUACGCCUCAUCAAUUUGUGAUGGUUGUAUCACCGUCUCUCUCUACCAAUGGCUCUCUGAUGUCUUCAUUGACAUGGGAACUCAAUUAUACUUUGGAAAACUACUGAAGGAGAUAGAGCCUGAUAUCGUUCGUAUAUUCAUGGCCUUCGAAACUCUUUCCUGGCAGGCCAUGUACCAAUACCCUAGUUUUCUAUGCGGCGAGAUGAUGAGCGCCAAAUCCAAACUUCAGAAUGGGCUAAAAACCUACUUUGCCAUUCCCAAGGAGCAAAGAAACAAUACGUCAUGGUUUAUAUCACAAAUUGAGAAAGAUAUGGAUCGUCUCAAUGUAGCAACAAAUGAUAGGGCGAUAUUCUUCUUUCAGCUCUUCUGGAGCAUUAAUGGCAACACUCGAAAGGCGCCAUUCUGGCUACUUUCAUACCUCAUUUUUGAUCAAGAUCUCAUGAAGCUUAUCCAGGCCGAGACAAGGCCUGCUCUACAAAAUAAUGGUGUUGAUAUUGCUUAUCUCCUCGACUCUCAAACCUGUCCACGACUAAACAGCAUCUGGGAUGAAAUGACUCGACUCACUGCUUUCGCUGCUUCGGUUCGGUUUUUAACCCGCGACAUCGAGCUAGGAGGUAAGAUUCUACGUAAGGGCAACCGCCUUAUGAUGCCACAACGGCAGUUACACUUCAGCGAACAGGUGUUCGGAGACGAUGCAUCUAAGUUCAAUCCGGACAGGUUCUUGAAAAACCCAGCACUUCGAAGGAACCCAAGUCUCAGGCCAUUUGGUGGCGGAGCUACUAUGUGCCCCGGCCGCAAUCUAGCGAAGCAGACAACAUUUGCAUUUGUCGCAAUUGCCAUAAAUGUAUUUGAUUUGGCUCUGGACCCGCCUGGCCAAAAAUUCCCUGAAGCUGCAGAAGGAAAACCAUCAAUCGGAUUAGUUGACUUGCAAGAUGGACAUGACCUGCUUGUGAGGCUUUGCCCAACAAAGGCCUACUUCGGUCUAAGGGGCAGUUAAGAUUUGUUUGUAGAAGGUCUUUUGGAUUAUAGAUAUACGCAGAUCCGUCUGGUAGCUUUUCUACUAUAAUCAAACAGCAUGGAAACAACUUUGUUCUGCGAGGAACUCUCACCUAACUAGCUACGAGAGUCUAAGUCUACCUAUGCAUAUCGAACAUGUCCUUUGUUCU